AUGGAUCCAGCCUCGAGAUCUCCCGCCCUACCAGAUCGUGCUGCCUCCGCUGAAGCGAGCUCGACCCGGCCGAAUCCCUUCGAUGACAGUAACAUAUCAUCUCGCAAGCGCCAACGAACCUCGCUCUCCGGGUCUCCUACCAAUUCUCACAGCACCGUGAAUCCUGGUCACGACUCUUCUCGCUCCGCCACUCUUGACACUGAACCUGUCUUGCCUCAGCCUGGCUCGACAACUGUCUACUCUCAACCAGACUCAGUCGCGCCGAAGACUUCAGAUACAGGGCCUCCUGUUUGCGACCCAUUAACAGAGCCGCCAUCAAGCAUGGCUACUCUUAACCUGAGAAACGCGCCCGAGAACGACUCAACUUCCUCACCACCUCCUCCACCGAACGUGGCCCAGUCAGUUGCGGCUGAGACUACGGCUAAUGUCUUCAAGGACCAAGUCAAAGAGAGCGUCGAGGAUGCUGAAGUCGCCAUGGUGCCACCUCCCCAGAAUCUCGACACUCCACGGUCCAGCUUCUCGCAUUCAGCAAGCCCUCCCAUCGAAGUUAUCACUGUGCAGUCGGAUGAUGAUAUGGCUUCUGAUCGCCAGAGCAUUGGGGUUUCAAUAGUCGAUGAUGAUUCUGUCAUGAUCGAUCCCAUCAACGAAUUUCCUUUCAGAGAACCCACAGAGACACUGGAGGGAAUGGUGGUGCGACUCUGCAAUUACAUUGAAACUCAAUCGUCGAUCGAUGCAGGAGUCAUCUACAAACUCCAACAAUGGCUUGGACGGUAUAUUGAUUACAUCACUACUGCCAAUCAGCAAUUGGUAGUCGAUUCAUGUCGUCUUAACCUUGUUUUCUGGGUGACAUUCCCACGCAUUAUUACCACUAUGGCUGCUCACAAGUAA